CUAAUCAGAAUCGAAUAACCUGUCGCCAGGGAGAUAGUGCUCAUUUCGAAGUAGUUUUCAGGCUGAUAUAUUCUAAGGUCUGGAGAUAACCCGAAAAAAUGGAUUCGAAGAAAACGUUAGCCUGGUUCUUUGGGCUGCCAUCGGUGCGCUACGCCCAGAUCUUUAUGGCCAUGGCGGGCGAUCUGCUGGCCCUGACCAACCUGUACCCCAAGCACUCGAGGUACAUUUCGAGUCCUUUUCUGCUGUGGCAGGAUCUGCAGGAGGAGAAAACCCCCCGGACUAGGCCGUCUCUCCACAUCUAACACAUUUAUAUUUACUUAUGCACGUGGGAGACGACUUUUUUGACCCGUCCAACCUUGAGAUUCAAUGCCAAUGCCAGGCCCAUGACUUCACUUGUAUCUGGAUGCUCGGUGCUGGUUAAAUAUACUUCAUGUUCUGCAGCUCAGGACCCGAGCGCCUCGUGAGCCUCUUCAAAUGCCCGGCCACAUUAACUCGACUCCUCAUUAAAGUCCAAAAAUUCGAAAGUUUCGACCGCCGUCGUCUGGAAAUAAACGUCAAUUUAAGCGAA